AUGGACUUUGUGAGCGGGCUGGACAGUAGUGAUUUGAGCGAGAACCAGAUCCAGGGAGUUCCCAGGAAGGCCUUCAGAGGAGCCGUGGAGAUCAAGAACCUCCAGCUUGACUACAACCACAUUAGCUGCAUUGAAGAUGGAGCUUUCCGAGCAUUACGCGACCUGGAAGUUCUCACACUCAACAACAACAACAUCAGCCGUCUGUCUGUGGCCAGUUUCAACCACAUGCCGAAGCUCCGCACCUUCCGCCUGCACUCCAACAACCUGCAGUGUGACUGUCAUGUGGCCUGGCUGUCCGAGUGGCUGCGACAGCGCCCCCGCUUGGGCCUCUACACGCAGUGCAUGUCUCCCCCUCACCUCAGAGGACACAACGUGGCCGAGGUGCAGAAGAAAGAGUUUGUCUGCUCCGGUCACCUGUCGUCAUCCGCCUCCUCCUGCAGCGUGAUCCAGUGCCCCGAGUCCUGCACGUGCAGCAACAACAUCGUCGACUGUCGGGGGAAAGGUUUGACGGAGAUCCCCACCAACCUCCCAGAGACCAUCACAGAGAUACGAUUGGAGCAGAACGCCAUCAAGGUGAUCCCAGCCGGGGCCUUUUCUCCCUACAAGAAGCUGCGUCGGAUUGAUUUGAGUAACAACCAGAUUUCCGAGUUGGCCUCAGAUGCUUUCCAGGGCCUGCGCUCCCUCAACUCUCUGGUCCUGUAUGGAAACAAGAUCACAGAGAUCUCCAAAAGCUUGUUUGAGGGGCUGUUCUCUCUGCAGCUAUUGUUACUGAAUGCUAAUAAGAUCGCUUGUCUGAGAGUCGACGCAUUCCAGGACCUCCACAACCUCAAUCUACUAUCACUGUAUGAUAACAAGCUGCAGACCAUCGCCAAGGGAACCUUCUCAUCACUGCGGGCCAUACAGACACUCCACUUAGCCCAGAACCCCUUCAUCUGUGACUGUCAUCUAAAGUGGCUGGCUGACUACCUCCAGGACAACCCCAUAGAGACCAGCGGAGCGCGCUGCACCAGCCCACGACGCCUCGCCAACAAGCGCAUCGGCCAGAUCAAGAGCAAGAAGUUCCGCUGCUCAGCGAGAGAAGAGUAUUUCAUCCCAGGUACAGAGGAUUAUCGCAGCAAACUCGGUGGAGACUGCUUUGCCGAUCUGGCCUGUCCAGAGAAGUGCCGCUGCGAGGGUACCACGGUCGACUGCUCCAACCAGAAACUCACCAAAAUACCCGACCACAUCCCCCAGUACACCGCUGAACUGCGGCUGAACAACAAUGAGUUCUCUGUGCUCGAGGCGACGGGAAUCUUCAAAAAGUUGCCUCACCUGCGAAAGAUUAACCUGAGCAAUAACCGCAUCACUGACAUAGAGGAGGGGACAUUUGAAGGAGCCACUGGGGUCAAUGAGCUCAUCCUGACCUCCAACAGGCUGGAGAACGUACACCAUCGUAUGCUGAAGGGACUGGGCGGCCUCCGUACACUAAUGCUGAGGAGCAACCGCAUCAGCUGUGUCAGCAACAGCAGUUUCGUGGGGUUAAGUUCAGUGCGCCUGCUGUCGUUAUAUGACAACCAGAUCACCUCCAUGAAUCCCGGAGCCUUUGACACGCUGCACUCUCUAUCCACCCUAAACCUUCUCGCCAAUCCUUUCAAUUGUAACUGCCACUUGGCUUGGCUUGGUGAUUGGCUGAGACGAAAACGCAUCGUCACCGGAAACCCACGCUGUCAGAACCCUUACUUCCUGAAGGAGAUCCCCAUCCAGGACGUGGCGGUCCAGGACUUUGCAUGUGAAGAUGGUAAUGAUGAGAAUAGCUGCUCCCCUGUGCUGAGGUGUCCCGCUGAAUGCUCCUGCUUGGACACUGUGGUGCGCUGUAGCAACAAAGGCCUCACUACCCUCCCCAAAGGACUCCCCAAGGAGACCACUGAACUAUAUCUGGAUGGUAACCACUUCACUCAGGUGCCCGCAGAGCUCUCGGAUUACAAGCAUCUAACACUGAUUGAUUUGAGUAACAACCAGAUCAGCACGCUAUCCAACCACAGCCUCAGUAACAUGUCCGAGCUGCUUACGCUCAUCCUGAGCUACAACCGUCUGCGGUGUAUCCCGGUGAGAGCGUUUGAUGGACUCAAGUCUCUGCGUUUGCUGUCUCUCCAUGGCAACGACAUAUCACUGAUACCAGAGGGAGCCUUCAAAGACCUCUCGUCGCUCUCCCACCUGGCACUGGGGGCAAACCCUCUGUACUGCAACUGUAACCUGCAGUGGUUGUCUGAUUGGGUGAAGAGUGGAUACAAAGAGCCAGGCAUUGCGCGCUGUGCCGGGCCUGGAGACAUGACAGACAAACUGCUCCUGACCACACCUUCAAAGAAGUUCACCUGCACAGGACCCGUGGACAUUAACAUACAGGCAAAGUGUGACCCCUGCCUUUCCAAUCCUUGCAAAAACGAUGGCUCCUGCACAAAUGACCCUGUGAACUUCUACCGCUGCAACUGUCCAUAUGGAUUUAAGGGCCAGAACUGCGAGGAGCCAAUUCACGCCUGCAUCAGUAACCCAUGCCAAAAUGCCGGAACAUGCCAUCUGAAGGAAGGAGAAGACGGCAACUUUUGGUGUGUGUGUCCGGAGGGUUUUGAAGGAGACGCGUGUGAGAUCAACAUUGACGACUGUGAAGACAACGAUUGUGAGAACAACUCAACGUGCGUGGAUGGGAUCAACAACUACACCUGCAUGUGCUCCCCGGAAUACACAGGAGAGCUUUGUGAAGAGAAACUGGACUUCUGCGCUCCUGAGUUGAACCCCUGUCAGCACGAUUCAAAGUGCAUUUUGAAUCCACAGGGAUACAAGUGUGAGUGCACCCCUGGAUAUGUGGGCGAUCAUUGUGAAGUGGAUUUUAAUGAUUGUGAAGAGAACAAAUGUCAAAAUGGAGGCCAGUGUAUCGAUGCUGUGAACGGAUACACCUGUGUUUGUCCAGUGGGUUACAGUGGUUUGUUCUGUGAGUUCUCCCCACCCAUGGUCCUGCCCCGCACAAGUCCCUGCGACAAUCAUGAAUGUCUCAAUGGGGCGCAGUGUGUUGUCAUGGGGAUGGACCCUCGCUGUCAGUGUCUCCAAGGAUACGAAGGGGAGCACUGUGAGACGUUAGUGAGUGUCAACUUUGUGAACCGAGAAUCGUAUCUGCAGCUUCCGUCCAACCUGCUCACGCCACACACCAACAUCAGCUUACAGAUUGCAACAGAUGAAGACAGCGGCGUUUUGCUGUACAAAGGAGACAAUGACCAUAUUGCCAUGGAGCUGUACAGGGGCAGACUACGGGUCAGCUAUGAUACAGGAUCCUAUGCUCCAUCUGCAAUAUACAGCGUUGAGACCGUAAAUGAUGGCACAUUCCAUGCAGUGGAAUUGGUCACCUCUGACGACACUCUUUCUCUGUCCAUCGAUGGUGGUGCACCUAAAACCAUCAGCUCCAUCAGCAAACAGUCCACACUGAACAUAGACUCUCCUCUUUACUUAGGAGGUAUGCCAAAACAUGCGUCUCUCUCCAGCGGACUGUCAGCACUGCAGCACAACUCUGGAGGCAGAAAUGGCUCGAGUUUCCACGGCUGCUUACGAAACCUCUACAUCAAUGGGAAGCUGCAGGAUCUGGGAGUUGGGCUGGGACCAGGCAGCAUAGGAGUGGACCAUGAGAGUGCACAGAGAGCCAAAGAGGGCUUUGGACAAGGUGUAGAGCCUGGAUGUCAACCGUGCCAGACUGGGGUCUGUGUGCAGGGAGACUGCCACCCAACAGGACACCGCGGCUUCAGCUGCACAUGUCACCCAGGGUGGACCGGAAACCUUUGUGACCAGCAGGUCAACAACCCCUGUGAAGGCCACAAAUGUAUGCACGGGUCCUGUGUUCCCAUUAACUCAUACUCGUACUCGUGCCGCUGUGAGCCUGGCUUUGCAGGAGUCUUAUGUGAUGAACAAGACAAGGAGGGCAACAACCCCUGUAGUGUUUCUCGCUGCAAGCAUGGCAAGUGCCGAGUGUCAGGCCUGGGAAAAGCAUACUGUGAGUGCAACAGCGGGUUCACAGGAGAAGCCUGUGAUAAAGAGGUGGCCUGCCGAGGGGAACGGAUCCGGGACGUCUAUCAAAGGCAACAAGGCUAUGCGGCGUGCCAAACCCAGGAGAAGGUCUCCCGCCUAGAGUGUCGGGGCAGCUGCCCAGGGGGGGCAGAUGGACAGGGCACCUGCUGCACCCCCCUACGUAGCAAACGCAGGAAAUACACCUUCCAGUGCACUGAUGGAUCUUCCUUUGUUCAGGAAGUGGAAAAGGUGGUCAAAUGUGGCUGUACAAAGUGUUUCUCAUAA